AUAUAUAGAUAAAGAAACAGAAAAACCAACCCAAAAUUUAGGUUUAGGUAUUCUAGUUUUGGUUCAGAUGAGUGGAAGGAGGAGCUCCGGCCGAGGACAAAGCUCUUUAGGCUACUUGUUUGGUGAUUCCGAUGAAUUAGGGCCACAAGGUCAUGAUGGAUCCAGAGUGUCGUCCUUACCACCGGUUUGUCACUCUGGCGGAGGUCAAAGUUCUUUAGGCUACUUGUUUGGUUCCGGUGAAUUACGGCAACAAAGUAACCAGGACUCUAAAGUAUCCUCACCGCAGGUUUGUGUGCCACCCUAUGGCACCGACGACAUGGAGGAGAACUCGCCGGAGAAAUCUCUAGCUCCUUCAUCUAAGAAAGAUGAUCAAAAACCAUCGCCCAACAGUUAUAUCUACCAUAAAGUUGACAGCCCAAAUUCAAGGGAUUUCCUCAUGACUGCUCGUCCAUCAACAAGGGUUACAUCGGUUCCUGGUGGAGAUUCAUCGGUUGGAUACCUGUUUGGAGAUAAAUGAUCAUCUAUCGAACGAAGAUCUUCCCUGCGCCUGUGAGUUGAUUAAGACUUAAUUUGGGUGUAUAAGCAAAAAGAACACAAAUAUAAGCCUCCACCGUUUGUGUCGAAUAACAUGGGACCAAGUACCUAAGAUUUACUUGAUGUGUUUUUCUCAUUUAUAUAUAUCCAUGUAUGAUUGUGUUCUUUGUUUAGGGUUUUCAAGUGUGUGUAUUGGAUUCUUGAAAUUGCAUUUUGAAUUGUGUGGACCGAUUAAUUCUUGAAAUUUACCAAUAUAUAUAAUAAUGAUUGGUUGCUA